AAGAUGGAGGUAAAAACACUAGAAUAAAAAAACACCCACUCCUUUUAUCGACAGCCACAAAUCUAACCCUAGAAUUCCCCCUUCCUCCUUGUCUGAGUCUAAUAAGUUCCGAUCCAUAUACGUCGAAACCAUGGUCGUCCAUGGUUGGACAGGCGUCUUCUGGGACAUGGAUGACUUCCCACUCCCUCCUGGUCUCGAUGUAGAUCAGUUUGUUAAGAAUGUCGAGUUAGCUAUAUCGAAUGCGGGCGCUCUUGGUGAAGUGGAGUUCUUUGCUUAUGGUAGUUCGGAUUCCUUUGAUUAUGGUCGAUAUCUCGAGUCCAUGUCCUUCACUCCAGCUAAAGUUGUCGGUAAACGUUCAAGGUUUUAUCGUUUGGUACAUCGCAUGCUUAACUGGGUUCACAAACGUCAACAGUAUGGAGGCAAAAAAAAUUUGUUGGUAAUUGCAAAGGCUAUGCCAGGGGAAGAUAACAUUAACCUGAUCAGUUUUCUUGACGAAAUGAUUGAUAGAUAUCAUAAUGUUUUCACAGUAGUUCCUGAUGGGUGCUUCUUACCUGAAAAUUUUGAUUAUCCUGAGCCAAUUUUAGCUUGGGAAUGGUUAGCUUUAUGUUAUGGAAGAGAGUCCUGAAAACGUUCUUCAACUUGCUUUGGGCAUGCCUGAAAACAUUGCUUUGGGCAUGCCUGAAAACGUUCUUCAACUUAUAGAUAGCAUGGCUGGCCCGUUUCUCCCA